UACCAAAUCUCUGGCGCAUAGCUUUUGAAGGGAAAACAUAAACAACGUAAUUUACCGAAUGCUUGCUCUCUGAUUCACUCAUUUACGCUCUCACUCUCUCUACCCGAAACCUAACUUUCUUUACCUCACACACCACCACUCUCUUCUGCAGCUCGUGCAAUCGAAAUAUCGCCAACAAAAAGUCAAGCAACAGCAGCAGCAACAACAGCAAAAAUCCAUCAGUGACAGUCGUCAGCAACUUUGAAACGACUCGUUUGUUGUAUUUGCUCGAUUAUAAGCAUUUUGUUUUCUUAUUAUUAUUGCUAUUGUCAUCUUUAUUGUGCCGGCUCUACAACCAGUAAGCGGACAAGCGCGCAAGUAAGCAAGACGAUUCAUGCCAACGAGCUGCGCUGCUGUUUCAAGGGGCUGCUGCUGCUGCUGCUAAAGUGAAAGUUGCACAAAAGCGUGGUCCGUUAUCUCCGCUGCGCGCAGAAGCAACGAAUUCACACUAGCUUUAGCCGAAGCAUAACACUCACUCAUACAUUGAACGUCCAUGCUGAUGGACGCAUGUGCGGCAGUUCGCUAGUUCGCUUUUGUGGCUUUAGUAAAUAUUCCGUUGGACAUUUGUGCGCUGAAGUUGUAUGGCAGAAACUUAUAGAAAAAUACGAAUGCACAUAUAUACUCGUACUACAAAUUAAACUCGUCCGGAAUGGUUAUAAGCGUUUGAAUUGUGCAGUUCUUUAACGGUGCUGCAUGUUUUCAGCUUCUGAAGCAAAUGAUUACACGUAUUUCUUCUCAUCUAUUCUAUUCCGUGUACUUUCUGUGCUAAAAUACGCGACAAUUAAAAAUCACCGCAAGCGCAAAAUAAAUACUUUUUUCGAAUGGAGCAAUUCAAUGCCCUGCAAAUUAAAUUAAAAUAAAUAAGUAACAAAACAUCAGCGCCAAAUCACAUAUUGACCGCAAAAUCUUAUUAAAAAAAUAUUUCGGUAAAAGGAAAUUCUGUGCCGUGGAAAUUGUUCUGAUCUGCGCUUCAGAAUAGUGUUGGAAUGCUGAAGUGGGUUAACAUAGCAACGCGCCGAAGCGCGUGGCUAUCAACGAACAGAGUGACAACAGCAGCGACGGCGUAUGCCAAAAAAUCGACAACAACAAUAGCAACAGCUACAGCAACAGCAACCACAACACCGAUAACAUCUCACACGUUGACCUCGAAAUCAACAUCAAUCAAUUUUGCCAUGUUGCUGCUCACAACGCUGUGUAUAAUAGCCGCAUUAGUGCAGGCGACAAAUGGAUUUAAGCCAAUUGAUAUGAACAAUAGCGAGGGUCGCAAAUUAUUCGGCGGCUAUCGGAUAACACCGAAACAUUGUCGAGCCACGAAAACGUUAGCCACAAAUGAUCCACGUAAAAAUGGUCCCACGAUUUGUAUGUUCAAUCACGAGUGCGCACAGCGAAACGGAGAAGUGGUCGGCGCUUGCAUGGAUGGUUUCCUCUUUGGUGCAUGUUGUCAAAUACCCGGCGAACAGGAUCUCGAGAGUACAUUACUGAAUGAUGCCCAAAACUCCUACUACCAACAGCAUCAGCAACAGAAAUUGCAAGAUGAGUAUGGCGGCGCCAAUCAGGCGGUGGCACAAUCCUACGAGAUAUACGGUGAGAGCCAACAACAACAUUCGCAAGAGACCAAAUACUCUCCACCCACAUUCAAACCAAAACCAAAACCGCAACGCAUACAAAAGCCACAACAACAACAACUACACAAAUAUAAGCCGCAACUACCGCGUCCCAUUUAUGGCGAUGUGGCUGAGCUUGCAUCCGAGGAGGUGAAGCAACCACAAAAUAGUUACACACAAACAAAUAUCGAUAAAGUUUAUCAGCAGCUGGAGAGCAGCAGUGUUAGCGUGAACUCAUACGAGGCGCAACACUCGCAACACGAAGAGGCACCCAGCAACAAAUACCAACAAUCGCAAGAGUCGGUGCCCAAUGUCAGCACUCAGUAUGUAAUGGAAUCGUUGGAAAGUGCACAGCAUGAGAUACGUCCGGCAAUCGGGCCCACGGCUUCUUACUAUGACAGUACACAAUCUAUACAAGCGGAUAGUCAGCAAGAAGACCAAUCACAGCAACAACACGAGGAGCAACAGCAGAAACUUCAAGAUCCACAGCAUCAGCAACAAGAUAAUCAAGAUACUUCAAUCGAAGGUACACUCCAUUCAGGACCAGCUGAAUCAGCUAGUAUAAGCUCUGACUCGAGCCCACAAUCCUCCAGCGUCGAGUUGGAGAUUGUUUCCAAGCCAGAUCUAGCUGUUGCACAUUCGCACAUAGUACAAGAGUCCAAACCACGACCUGUGCAAGUUCCUUUCACUACUGCAGCUCCGGCGUUGAAUGACGAUUUUGUACUGGAUCUGCUGAGCACAACACUGCCGCCACCACUAAACGAUGAUCAAGUCUCUCUCACAACAACUGGUUUACCAAUGCGAAUAGUAAACGGUCUGACCGAGCCGAAUAGCUCAUCGGAGUCUAAUUCCUUCGAAGAAUUGUCAGUAACACAAAAUCCACUACAAAAUAACGAUGAAGAAGCAAAUACACCCGAAGAAGACUUCAAAAUUACCGAGACUCAAGAGCAACAAACGACCAGGCCACAAUCUAAACCACGACCACAUCAGCAACAAAGGCCACGUCCACAAGUACAAGUUUCUCGUCCACAACCACAGGCACAGCCAAUGAGGCCCCAGCAAGUACAGCAGCAACAGAAACAAAAACCUCAACCUCAGCAGCAACAACAUGGCACUGGUUCACAUAACCACAAUCAUCUGAUACUCGAUGGCGCAGAGUUCACACAUAGCGAUAUCACCCAUCCGGGCGCCGAUGCCGACCUCAUUGAGGAUGAUCUGCAAUUCUCGACAGGCUAUGGACCCCAACCGGUAUAUUUGGAGGCACCUGCGCGUCAGCCAUCGCCCAUCAGCUAUCAGCCAUCUACUACAACAACAACCACACACGCCUCCCUUGCACCAAAAGACAAGUAUGACUUGGUGCAAAGUGUCGUGGAUGAACAGUCCAGCAAACAACCACCCAUCACUUAUGGCGAGCCCACAACCGGCACCUCAAUCACAACACAUGUAGACUCAAUCGAAUCCAUAAUCCUCCAAUUGAAUGGCACAACGAAUCAUGGACCCACUUAUAAUAUCGUAAAUCAGCAGCAACCCCAAACUGUCUCAUAUGGCGCAGAAUCAGACACCUCAGCAAGCAAAUAUGAGCCAACGAACAGCGGGCAACAUUAUGGCACAACAACAGUAACCGUGCCAGUAACUACCGGAGGUUCAUAUUAUGGUGGUGGUACAACAAAUUACUAUGAUGAAUUAGAAACAAAGCGUCCCGACGAUUAUUACACGGAGAGUGAACAGCAAAAUGCUCAAGACUACUCACCAGUUACAGCACAAGCUCCUGCCUAUCUAGAGCCUGUCAAAAACAAUUUAAACGCCGCCCCGGCAACGCAACAGCAGCCAGUGCAUUCCUAUGUAUCCAAACCUGCCGGAUCAACCGUCGACAAACAGAGUUCAACGACAGCAGUCAACUAUGCUGAAGAUGCUGCCGCUGCCUUGGACGAGCACACAAUGCCUGCUAAUAAUUACAACGACGCAUUGCAGUCUGCAUCCCACCAAACGCAUGAGUUUAACAAAAUGCCUGCCUACGGUAUUGCAUACCCCGUGGAUAUGUCACACAUUGAGGAAGAGGUAAAUAUAGCUGCCGAGGGAGCCAGCAAUUAUGGUGUACAGCACACAUCCACACAGGGAUCCUCUCAGGGAUCGAUAGACAAGAUAGAUGAAGCACAGCCAGAAGAGAGCAGCUACGGUGUACCUAUUAUCGCUGGCAAGCCGCAACGCCCCACAUAUUCCGGUGUUGUGAAUGCACAAAACUACAAUGGACCGAAAGUGCCAACAACAAUCGUAUAUAAUAACGUGCCGCAGGAAGUGUCUGUCUCUUCGCAUACCACGAAAAUCCAAGACCUUCAAUCGGCUUCCCCAGCAAACCACACACCCAAACCAGAUACACUGACCACCACCCAGUAUGUUGAAGAAAGCACGACGGCAGCGAAGCGUCCCACUGUCAACAAAAUAGCGACGACAUCAGUCACCACACCCUCGCAACCUCGUCCACAAUACAAUGCCAGCCCCACUGCUGCAACAACUGCUCGCCCAAUUUCCGGCAUCAUCACUUCGAGUGGAACUAGACCACGCCCUCGACCACGUCCAAAACCAAGCACUGCACGUCCAAAUAAUAAGAAGACUAAACCAAGUUCUGCCAAGAAACCCACGACGGCCAAGCCGGUGAACAAUAACAAUCAAACGCCAGCACAACCUGCUAACAAUUAUGGCGGCACUCAAGCUCAAAUAAAGCGACCGUCGACCACACAGCCUUUGAACGACUAUCAGGAUCCCACUUACAAUACCAAAAAACCCGCUCAACUGCCUUCGAAUACUUACAACGAUAAUGUCAAUGAAGAGACCACAUACGUGCAGAAACCAGCGCCCGUCUCUUACACCCAGCCGCAGCAACCGGCUAAGAAACCAACAAAGCAAUCAACUAAGCAAACUGUGAAACCACCAGUGAAGCAACCCGCAAGCACAUACCAACAUAAUAAACCGACCUAUGUCAAGCGUCCAACGGUAUCUCCUAAGCCCAGCAAUAGCUAUGUUAAGCCUGGUACAAACACCUAUAAUGCGGAGCCAGUCUACCAAAGACCUGAGCAACAUCCCACUUACAGUGAAGAGACUGUGACACGAAAGCCAGUGACACAGCUCACGAAUUCAUACAACGAUAAUGAUUACGGGUCCACUUCGGCGACUCGUAAGCCAGCAGUUUCUGCCUCAAAUCUUUACGAGGACCAAGUAGAAGAUCAUAAAUCCCCUGCAAAUGAACAAUACUCCCAAACACCAAUCCACACGUAUAGCCAGGAUACGAAACUAACCUCUGAAGAUUACGGCCAAGAUUAUGACAAACCGGACCCUGUCUACGACCAGAACAGCAAAGUGCCUCAGCCCGCUUUCGAAUCCGACGCUUAUUACCCCGCGCCACAGCCACUUGCCGGUGUCACAAACAAACCGACGAUUAUACGCAAGCCAAGCGUUGAGACAGCAGCACCCACAACAUCUCGCCCUUCGACAACAUUCAUUUACCAUGAUUCCGAGGUGCCCCCACUCAUCUCAGCGGAUGAUAAGUUGGAUUCCUUUGUGCAGGGCACAGUUCAAUCUGAAAAUAGCGCCCAACCCAUAUUGAGUGAUUCGAACUACUCACCUCAAUACGCGGAGCGUCCACAAUACAACUAUGUGCACAAGAAACCAGGCUUCGUGAAAGUGACUUCCAAACCAAUAACGACCACUAACGGUGUUAUUACCCCGAAACCAACACUCUUUACACUAGUCACAAACAGCGAUUGGCCGCAGCGGCCAAGCAUUGCUGGCGCAAUUUUCAACGAUAAUGCAUACCCACCAACGACGCCAUUGCCCGCCUUUGGUAGCACUUCAUAUAUCUACAGUCCAAUAGUGACGCGCCGUCCUGAGCUAGCAAUAAAUACGCCUGAAUAUGUUGGACUGCCUGCAGUCACAACCAAUGACUUCGACGAUCCUGGCUACUAUGGAGCACAGAAUGUUGGACAAAAUGGUCAUAUCGGCGUGCAUCCAGCGUUCACACAAUCUGUAGCCGAUGCGGAGUAUGGCGUUCCUUCGGAUGAUCGUCCCGCUUUCCCAGGGUACUACGGGCCAACGCCGACCUAUCCACCUUUCCCAAUCCCUGGAGAAAAGGUUGGCGCACCAGUCGAGGAAGAGACCUAUACAUCGCCCAAUGACUUUGUUAACUUCCCUCCUGUACGCAAUCCAAAUCUGAACAUGUCCGCAACAUCGAGUGCCGUCACCACCGACUUGGAGCUCUCGACACCCGCAUUCGUUGAAGAUGGCGUGCUCAAGGACAAAAUGAAUACUUUGGUGCAUAAGAUUGUUGAAUCACUGCAGGGUAAUUUCGACGCACUUGCCGAUAUGAUCGAUGACGUGAAUAACACGGCACCAGCGGCACCCAUCUCAACUUAUCAAGCCGCUGGCGCUGGCGCUGGCGGAGCGGCUACAACACGCAAACCCACAAGGAAACCAACGCGCAUAGCAACACAGAAGCCAACAACAAGACGCCCAGCGACACGUGUAACCACCAAACAACCAACGCGUAGACCAGCUACGACUACCAGACGACCAGCCACUCGACGUCCAACUACGACUACACGUAGAACAACAACGCGCAAACCCACGCGUCGUUUAACCACAACAACGACUGCAAAACCAAUUGCCGAGGAUGAACUGGUUGACGAGGAGGACGAAGAAGAUGUUAACCCUGCGGACAAUGAGAUCGGCGGUGAUCAAGAUGAAGCUUUAUCUGGCGCAGGUGGACGCAAAUUUAAAUGCGGCGUACGGCCACACAUCAAAUCUGGUAGAAUUGUAGGCGGCAAAGGCUCCACAUUCGGCGCUUACCCUUGGCAAGUGCUCGUACGCGAAUCGACAUGGCUGGGCCUCUUUACGAAGAAUAAGUGUGGCGGUGUUUUGAUAACGAAUCGUUAUGUCAUCACAGCGGCGCAUUGUCAGCCGGGCUUCCUGGCCUCGCUAGUUGCUGUUAUGGGUGAGUUCGAUAUCUCAGGUGAUUUGGAGAGUAAGCGUGCUGUUACGAAGAAUGUUAAACGGGUUAUUGUGCAUCGUCAGUAUGAUCCGGCGACUUUUGAAAAUGAUUUGGCGCUGCUAGAGCUCGAGAGUCCAGUACAAUUCGAUACACAUAUAGUGCCGAUUUGUAUGCCCAACGACCAAGCAGACUUUACCGGCCGCAUGGCAACAGUCACCGGUUGGGGGCGUCUGAAGUAUGGCGGCGGUGUGCCAUCUGUAUUGCAGGAAGUUCAGGUGCCAAUUAUCGAGAACAGUGUGUGUCAAGAGAUGUUCCACACGGCGGGGCACAACAAAAAAAUAUUGAGCUCAUUCCUUUGCGCUGGCUAUGCUAAUGGGCAAAAGGACUCCUGUGAGGGCGACAGCGGUGGUCCAUUGGUGCUGCAGCGGCCCGACGGUCGUUAUGAAUUAGCCGGCACUGUGUCGCACGGCAUCAAAUGUGCGGCGCCUUAUCUGCCAGGUGUAUACAUGCGUACGACAUUCUACAAACCAUGGCUGCGAAGUAUAACGGGUGUCAAAUAAAAGCGUCAAGCGAAUACGACUUGUGUGGAACAACAUCAACGCAACGCAGCGCAAAGCAACGCAACGGAGUAGCAAUACCAACAACGACAUUGUUUAUAUAUACGUAUACAUACAUAUAUGUAUAUAUGAUAAAUAUAUUUUUAGUUAGAUAUAAAAAAGGUGUACGCGUAGGUAGAAAAAAUUUAAACAAAUAAGUGAAAAUUGUGAAAAUAACUGUUAAAGCAGCAACACAAAAUUAGCGCAAAUUGAGAAUUAAAGUGAGCAAAAUAGCAGCA